UUUCUCUGCAAGGGAAAUGAAGGCACGAAACAAAAAAACUUAAAGUUUCAAGAAAUUCGUCUAGUUCUACUUUUUUCUUUAGGUUAAUUUGCUAUUCCUUUUAAUCAUUUGAUAGCUUGGAAUAUGGUCUUUUCAAUGGUAGGGACUUCUGUCUGAUGCAGAGCUGUUCAGCGUGGAAGAAAGACGUUGUUGGUGGGCAGUUGUGUUAGUGAGUUUAGUUUUGACUCUAAACAACAUCUCAUCUUUUCGUGAUCUUUUCAAACUUCUCCGUGGAUAUGAGAGCUUCCUUAAUGACUUCACUCUAAGGACUUCUGUGUUGGACCAAACCUUGUGGCUUUGACUUACAAGACGUCCAGUUGUUGAGAACAACCAAGGUUUCUCUAUUUCAAACGAUUCUUACGUGAACUCGUCAAGAAAACAUUUCUAUUCAUUCAAAGAUUUGGAGGAUUUCAUUGAACUUUAUCCUCAUUACUUCCAACAAACCAUGGCUACUAGAUCACAGAAUCCUCACAGUCUGAGGCAAAUUAAUUUGGAAGAGAUAUGGGAUGACCUAAAGGAAGGCAUACAACAUGUUUAUGAACAGCAAAGUAUGUCAAGACCGCGAUAUAUAGAACUGUACACACAUGUUUAUAAUUAUUGUACUAGUGUUCAUCAGCAGUCACAGUCCCGUGUCUCCAAACACAAAAAGGUUCCAAAUCAAGGAGGAGCUCAAUUUGUAGGCCAUGAACUCUACAAGACAUUGAGAGAAUUUCUGAAAUCAUAUCUAGUAAAACUACAGAAGAAUGGUGCUGAUUUAAUGGAUGAAUCAGUCCUAAAGUUUUAUUCCAGUCAGUGGGAAGACUAUAGAUUCUCAAGCAAAGUACUUAAUGGAGUGUGUGCAUAUCUUAAUCGGCAUUGGGUUAGAAGAGAAUGUGACGAGGGCAGAAAAGGAAUUUAUGAAAUAUAUUCACUUGCCCUAGUAACUUGGAGAGAGUUCCUUUUUAAACCAUUGAAUAAACAGGUGACAAAUGCUGUUCUGCGAUUAAUUGAAAGAGAAAGAAAUGGAGAGACCAUCAACACUAGAUUAGUUAGUGGAGUUAUUCAGUGUUAUGUUGAGCUUGGAUUAAAUGAAGAUGACAGCACAACAAAAGGACCAACACUCAGUGUAUACAAGAGUUCUUUUGAGUCUGUGUUCUUGGAGGAUACUGAACGGUUCUAUACUGCAGAGAGUAUGGAGUUCCUGCGUGAGAAUCCUAUGACAGAGUACAUGAAGAGGGCUGAAGCAAGACUGCUUGAAGAACAGAGAAGAGUUCAAUCUUAUCUUCAUGAGAGUACACAAGAUGAGCUUGCAAGAAAGUGUGAACAAGUUCUGAUUGAAAAGCACUUAGAUAUUUUUUAUUCAGAAUUUCAGAAUUUGUUGAACGAUGAUAAAGAUGAAGAUCUUGGUCGCAUGUACAUGCUGGUAUCAAGAAUACCAGAUGGUCUUGUUCAGCUGCGGAACCUCCUUGAGAAUCAUAUAUGUUACCAAGGAUUAAAUGCCUUAGAAAAAUGUUGUGAACAGGCAUUCAAUGAUCCUAAAGUGUAUGUUGAGACAAUACUUGAAGUGCACUAUAAAUAUAAUGCGCUAGUGCUUACAGCAUUUAAAAAUGAUGCUGGGUUUGUUGCUGCCUUAGACAAGGCAUUUGGGAAGUUUAUCAACAACAAUGCUGUUACCAAACAAGCUCAAAAUUCAUCCAAAUCCCCAGAGUUACUGGCCAGAUACUGUGACUCUCUCUUGAAGAAGAGCUCUAAGAAUCCAGAAGAAGCAGAAUUAGAAGAUAUUCUUAACUCUGUGAUGAUAGUAUUCAAGUACAUAGAAGAUAAAGAUGUCUUUCAGAAGUUCUAUGCUAACAUGCUUGCUAAACGCCUUGUACAGCACAACUCUGCAUCAGAUGAUGCUGAGGCAAGCAUGAUCUCCAAACUAAAGCAAGCAUGUGGUUUUGAGUACACAUCCAAGCUGCAGCGUAUGUUCCAGGAUAUUGGUGUCAGCAAGGAUCUUAAUGAUAAGUUUAAGGCUCAUCUGUCUAAUACUGGACCAUUAGACUUGGAUUUUAGCAUCCAAGUCCUCAGUUCUGGUUCCUGGCCUUUCCAACAAUCUGCCCCUUUCUCUCUUCCUGCUGAGAUGGAAAAAAGCUACCAGCGGUUUACCACAUUUUACAGCAGUCAACAUAGUGGUCGUAAACUGUACUGGUUAUAUCACAAGUCUAAGGGUGAACUGGUUACCAACUGCUUUAAAAACCGCUACACUCUUCAGGCAUCUACAUAUCAAAUGGGUGUAUUAUUGAUGAUGAACUCAGCUGAUAGCUACACAGUAGAACAGAUCCAAGAACAAACACAGCUCAAAAGGGAAAAUCUGCUGCCUAUCUUAGGAAUCUUACUGAAAUCCAAGCUACUGCUUUGCGAUACUGUUGAUGACGCCUCUGAGCUACAACCUGAUUCCGUUUUGAAGUUGUUCUUUGCCUAUAAGAACAAGAAGCUUCGUGUUAAUAUCAACGUCCCGAUGAAGAUCGAGCAGAAGAACGAACAAGAACAAACACACAAGUACAUUGAAGAAGACAGGAAACUUCUAAUACAGGCCGCCAUUGUUCGUAUCAUGAAGAUGCGUAAAGCCCUCAGACACCAACCUCUGCUGGCAGAGGUGUUAUCUCAACUUUCCAGCCGAUUUAAACCCAGGGUACCCGUCAUCAAGAAAUGUAUCGACAUCUUGAUCGAAAAGGAGUACCUUGAACGAGUAGAAGGAGAGAAGGACAUGUACGCUUACUUAGCGUAAAUGAAGACCUUGCACACCAAUGAAGAACAUCACCGACUAUUAAUAUAUAUCUUGAAGAGAGAUAGCCAAGAACUAUCAACUUGCGAACACGUCACCAAUACAUAAAAGUAGAGGAGAAAAUGGGAAGGGAAGUAUACAAAAUUAUUUUGUAUUGAAACUGAGUCAAACCUUUGCCAUUAGACGUUCAAACCUUCAUUAAAAAUGCUCUGUGAAUCAAAAAAAUAACAGAAAACUUCAGUGUUAAAGGAGUGGAAUUCAAGGGCGAAUUCAGGAUUUUCUUCAAGAGGGGGUUUUGCUUUCAAGGAGCAUUCACCUGUAAAAGAUGCCGAGCCAAAAAAAAAAAAAAAAGCAACGAACA